AAACUACUUACAGUGCUUAACAGGUUAGCACUUCAGUGGCUUUUAAUUUUAAAUUCUGGGAAUAGCAUAGAAAAUUCUAAAGUCAUUCUUUGCUAAACCAAUGCAUGAUUGAAGGAAUUUCUCUCUCUUCUUUUUUUUCCAUCAUCUUUUGAAUUUAACUAGAUUGGGUGAAUUCUGUCUUUGCUUUUAUAUAUUGUAUAUCUAUAUAUAUAUUCUUUUCUUUACUUUCCUGAACAAGUGGCAGGCAUGUUAGUUCCCUCACUUUACUACCAAAAGCCUCUGUUAUCUCCCUUGUGUUUGUGAUCAGAAGCUGUGAGUGAGUGCACGAGUUGUGGUUUGUCAAAGCAUGAGCAGAGCUCAUCAAAAUACCAAAUAAGCCCAUCUCAAAUUUGGUUGUGUUUUUCAAUCCAUCAAACCAAUCCUAACAACUCACAAGCUCAUUUUUCAAACCUUUGAUACAAUGGGAAUAUCAAGAUAUGGCAAUGUUUUGUGUUGUGUGACUCUGUUCUGUUUGUUGACUUGUGCAAGCGCUGCGCUUACCACGAAAGGUGUCAACUAUGAAGUGCUAGCUUUGAUGGAUAUUAAACGUUCUUUAAUGGAUCCUCAUAAUGUUCUUGAGAAUUGGGAUGAAAAUGCUGUUGAUCCAUGUAGCUGGACUAUGGUGUCAUGUUCAUUACCUGAUAAUCAAGUUAUUGGACUAGGAACUCCUAGCCAGAAUUUGUCCGGUACUCUUUCACCGAGUAUUGGGAACUUGACAAAUCUCCAAAUUGUGCUUCUACAGAAUAACAACAUAUCAGGAUCAAUUCCCUUUGAGAUUGGGAGGCUUCCAAAACUACACACACUUGAUCUUUCUAACAAUAACUUCAGUGGUGAAAUUCCCUCUUCUCUAGCCAAUCUCAAAAGUCUCCAAUAUCUGAGGCUUAACAAUAACAGUCUUUUCGGAGCAAUUCCUUUGUCUUUGUCAAACAUGUCUCAGCUUUCGUUUCUGGACUUGUCUUUCAAUAAUUUGAGUGGUCCAGUGCCUAGGCUUGCCAAAACAUUCAGCAUCUUGGGAAACCCUAUGAUAUGCGCGACCGGGAAAGAGGCAGACUGCAAUGGAACAGCACCAAUGCCACUUAAUUUCCCCUACAACAAUUCGCUAAAUUCUCAACCUUUAGGAAGGCCUAAAAGUCACAAACUUGCCUUAGCCUUUGGGUCUAGCCUUGGGUGCAUCUGUCUACUGAUUCUUGGUUUCGGAUUCCUUCUCUGGUGGAGGCACAGACACAACCAGCAAAUAUUCUUCGACGUUAAUGAACAACACCGCGAAGAAGUUUGCCUUGGAAACUUGAAGAGGUUUUCAUUCAGAGAACUUCAGACCGCCACGAACAACUUCAGCAGCAAGAACAUACUUGGAAAGGGUGGUUUCGGAAAUGUCUACAAAGGGUACCUCUCGGAUGGGACUGUUGUAGCUGUGAAAAGGCUCAAAGAUGGAAAUGCCAUCGGAGGGGAGAUCCAAUUUCAGACUGAAGUCGAGAUGAUCAGCCUUGCAGUGCAUCGAAACCUCCUGAGGCUCUACGGCUUCUGUAUGACAACAUCAGAGAGGCUUCUGGUGUACCCUUACAUGUCCAAUGGGAGUGUUGCUUCGCGUCUCAAAGGCAAACCGGCCUUGGAUUGGGGCACGAGGAAAAGAAUUGCCCUGGGAGCUGCAAGGGGUUUGCUAUACCUGCACGAGCAAUGUGACCCCAAGAUUAUUCACAGGGAUGUGAAGGCUGCAAAUAUAUUGCUUGACGACUACUGUGAAGCUGUGGUAGGGGAUUUCGGAUUGGCAAAGCUUUUGGAUCACCGCGAUUCACAUGUCACAACAGCUGUUAGGGGCACCGUGGGGCACAUAGCUCCAGAGUAUCUCUCAACAGGCCAGUCUUCCGAGAAAACAGAUGUUUUUGGAUUUGGAAUUCUUCUCCUAGAAUUAAUCACUGGCCAAAGAGCCUUAGAAUUCGGAAAAGCAGCAAACCAGAAAGGAGCUAUGCUUGAUUGGGUUAAGAAAAUCCACCAGGAAAAGAAGCUUGACAUGCUGGUUGACAAGGACUUGAAGAACAACUAUGAUAGAAUUGAGCUGGAGGAAAUGGUACAAGUGGCUCUCUUAUGUACUCAGUAUCUUCCCAGUCAUAGACCAAAGAUGUCUGAAGUGGUUCGGAUGCUUGAAGGAGAUGGACUAGCAGAGAAAUGGGAAGCUUCCCAGAGAGCCGAGGCAACCAGGUGCAGAGCCAAUGAAUUCUCCUCUUCAGAGCGAUACUCCGAUCUCACUGAUGACUCUUCAUUACUUGUCCAAGCCAUGGAGCUCUCAGGACCUAGGUGAAGUAAAUCUCAGAGAAGAAAAGAGAAUAAGCAUGAAAAGAAGAAAAAUCUAUCACAGAAUGUGAUAACAAAGAAAUUUGAGUGUUGAAAUGAGUUUUGUUGUAUAGUAGCAUGGUAUUGAAGCUCCAAAGGGUGGUGUUAAUUUCUGACUGUACAGAAUCUGAUUUUGAGAAACUGACAGUUUGAGUGUUACAUGUCAUUUUUCUUUUUGUGAGAGUGAAGCAUUUUUCUGGGGAUUUCCUAGUAGUCUUAAAACUGCAAGAAUAAAGUUCUUCCAAAAUGGCAUUAGUUAGUUUAUAUCUUACUUUCUAUAUAUAUAUAUUUACAGAAGAAUGUUUAAUCUUUGUACUUCUGUGACUUACACAAGAGAGAAGGGGCUUUCAACUAUUAUGAAAAACUUCGAUUGUUGUGUGCUUUUCUCUGAA